GUACCAUGUCCAGGCCACCUCGUUCAACCAUCUCCGAGAUCUUGCCAUUUCGCAGCGCAGGCCUGACCCCUUCCUCGGCUUCACGCCCAUGGUUUGGCACAGACGCUCUGGCAAUCUGGUUGUUAUUGCUGCAUAUCUGGAACCCCACAGGCAGAUCGAGGGUGCUGUGCACGACAAGCUGCUCUCGCUGGGAGCCUUCGUUGCCAUGCUGACAGACCCUUGGAUCAUUUUGGCGGACUGGAAUAUGACACCCGAGCAGCUUGCAGCGACAGAGUGGCUGGCCAAAUGGAAUUGUACCAUUGUGCGAGCACCUGGAUCAGCCACCUGCGACAAGGGCCAAGGGCUCACGCUAGAUUUCGCACUGGUCAAGACCGGCAUCGAGCACACCAUUUCCAUACGCCAGUGCCCCACUGUACCGUGGGCCACCCACGUUGGCCUCGAAGUCGAGCCCGCAGCGCUGGAUCCUAUCUCCUACGCCAUCCCGCUGGACUUGUGGCAAAAGCAAUGGCAGGAGGCGUUGCCCACACCUUGCAAGCAGCCGCACGCGCACUUCGUGUACCGACACUGGGAGCACGACGCCGACCUCCUCAACCUCAAGUACGCCAAAUGGGUCUCGGCACUCGAGAACACCAUGAUCAGCCACCACCAGAUCGACCCGAAGGAAGCCGCAGCAUACACUGGCCGUGCUCAGGGCUACCAGCUAUCUUGGAAGAAGACAGCGGCUGCUCCAGGCCGCGUACACGUAUAUGAUCCACAUGCGGAAUGGUGGGCCAUUACGCUCACCCUCAUCAAGCGCUACGCCGCGCUUUUCGACAAGCCUAAGCAUACAGCGCUUAUGGAGCAGCAGGCCAUCAUCAUCCAGCAGCGCGCCGACCACUUCAACAGCCACAUGCAUGACCUCCAGUUCGAGAAGGAUGAGGAUGCCAUCUUCCGCUGGUUCGCGCUCGCCUGGGCCCCGCACCUGGACAAGGAUGACACCGACGACCUGGUCACUAUUACCGCUACCUGGGCCUCCAGAGCCCUCUCGGCCGCCCUCGCCAAGUCCAAGAGGGCCUACGGGGCUUGGCUCGCCCAGCAAUGGAAGCACCGUCCUGGAGUAUUACACGCCCAUGUUAAGCCUGCACCUGUACGUCACAUCGAGGCCUACACGUCCAACCUGGCCAUCGCCGACCCCGCCGUCAUCAUGGACAACAAGAAGCAACAAUGGCAGCAAGUCUGGCAUGCCACCGAGACCUCCGACGACAUCCUCCAG